GUCAACGGCCGGAGAACUGCACAAGGCGCACGCACGCACGCACGCACGCCGCGAGUCAUAGUAUACAGCUAGAGAUAGAGAAGACACCCGCUCCUCGUUUGCUCCACUACACGAGAGAGACUCACGGCGGGCGCGGCGCAGCAGCGAGCAGAGUAGCUAAACAAGCAAAGAGAUGGGCGGCUUCUUCUCGUCCCUCUGGACCCCUCCCCCGAACACCGACGACGGCGACUCCGCCGUGGUUGCCGUCCACUCCAAGGCCAGCUGGGACGAGCAGCUGAAGAUCCACGGGAGCGCCACCGCCAACAAGCUGAUGGUGAUCGACUUCUCGGCGACGUGGUGCGGGCCGUGCCGCUUCAUCGAGCCCGCCUUCAAGGAGAUGGCGUCCCGCUUCACCGACGCCGUGUUCGUCAAGAUCGACGUCGACGAGCUCUCGGAGGUUGCAAAGACAUUUUGCGUAGAGGCGAUGCCAACAUUUGUACUGCUGAAGGGCGGGCAGGAGGUGAGUCGCGUGGUCGGGGCCAAGAAGGAUGAGCUUGACAGGAAGAUCAAAACGUUCAUCUCAUCGUCCCAAUCCUAGCGUAAUACAAUACCUGUACUCCAACUGAAGUCCCAGCCUUCCAGGUUCUGGCAGUCUGCUUCUCUCGGUGGUAGGGGGGGCUCCUAUGGUUUCCCCACGCUGUAGUGCCAAUUCUCGUUCUAAUAUGCUGCAAAAUUCGAUGGUAAUAAAGCUUCUGAAACUUGGAUAAGAAAUGUGUAAAUGUGUAUCUGUGUUAUCGUGUCUAUCCAUCUCCUUUCACGAUGAUUGAGAAUGUUGUUCUGAAGUGACUGAGAUAGUGUUUUCAAAAGAAAAACAAAUCCUGAAUAAAGUUAUUCUGAUUCUCUUUGUUA